GCAGCCAGCAACGCAACUCUUUAUCCUGCCGUCAUGAGGCGUGAUGUCUUAUGGAGCUGCAAUGGACAGAUUCUCUGCAGAGCCACAGAAUGCAGAUAGAAGUUCACCUUGAGCUGGAGUACAACUGUGCAACUCUGGACCUCUGGGAUUAUAAGAAAUGCUUACUGAUCCCAUCACCAAGAACAGCAGAGAUUUCACUGGAUCUGACUACCCGUGAUGACACAAGCGGCUCAUGAAUCUUUCAUUCUGGUGUCAGAUAUUCUGAUAGAACGGCUCUAAAGUGCCAAACCCAGGACCAAACAGGUAGUUUGCCUGGAAGAAACUCCUAGAGAGCAUUUAGUUCUAAGAUUAAGACAUAAAGUACUCACGCUGGAAGCCCGUAAAGCAACAACCAAGCAGGUCCUGCAGCCCAAGGAUCCUGGAGCCGGCCUGACCUUGGACCGGCUGUCACCUGAACCCCUACUGGCACCAGCAGAACUUCCCAGCAUGUCUCAGACUGGGGGGAGGUACCACAACAAAAAAGCUGGCAUCCGGGCCGCUGUGAUUCUGAUUGGACUCCUGCACAAGUCACGGAAAGCAAAGGAGAAGGAGAGGGAGAAAGAGAGAGAAGAGAGCGAAGGGAAGCAGGAGCUGCUGAACAUUUCCAAUGUCCCGAUGGGAGAGUGUCCCCCCUCACCACCCCGCACUGCCCCUCCCAGCAUGAAGUCUGCAGAGUUCUUUGAUAUGCUGGAGAAGAUGCAGGAGUCCUGGUCAAGACAGCAGCAUCAAAAAUCCCACAAAUAAAAUAAACGACAGACCAAAAGAAAAAAAAGGUGGCCCUGCUGCUCAGAUGCAACGGAUGUCAGCCCUGGAUGGUUUUUACAGUCACUGGAGAACAUAAAAAAGAA